CUGAAACUCACUCCGCCAACUGGACUGCGAGUGCCGCUCGUCUGUGAAAUCACACAUCGCCGAAUGUCGAUCCCGGCACGAUCUGUGAGAUGCGUGCACGCUGCGUGCUUCGAUUUGGAGCCAUUUAUCAUGCAACAGAAUGAGAAUUCAUUAUAUGAGUGCCAUCUCUGCAAGACAAUCUUCCAACUUGGCGAAAUCGAACUCGAUUAUUUUGUUGGAAAAAUGCUUCGUGAAACAACGGGCACUCAAGCUGUGGAGAUGUUGCUUGAGCCAAAUGGCGAAUACCGGCCUGUCGAACCAGAACUGAGCUCAAGAAAGAGGCCAAAUGAUGAGAAUGGUAAGGAAAUUUUAUUUCUUGUGGACCAGUUCUCGUCUCCCAUUGAAAUACGACGUACAAAGCUGCUCUAG